AUGGGCUUCUCCCCCAUCCUCGGCAUUCGCAUCGCCGCUGGCGUCCUAUCUAUCAUCAUCCUCGGCGUCGAUGCAUAUGCCAUCUCCGCCUUCAAUAACACCCGAAGCGGCAGCUCGCCGUCUUCCAUGAACUUUGUCAUCUUCUGCGUAAUCUGGACCUGGCUCUCCCUCGCCUACAUCCUCGUCACCCCGCGCUUCCUCCCCCGUCUCCACGACAAAUGGAUCCUCCUGGCAGUCGAAUCCCUCGCCACCCUCUUCUGGUUCUCCGGCUUCGUAGCCGUCGCAGCAUACGUCGGCGACCACUCCAUAAGCUGUCCCGAAUCCGUCUGCGGCUCCAUCAAAGCAACCAUAGCAUUCAGCUGCUUCGAAUGGCUCGCCUGGGUGGCUUCGCUAGUCCUCGUCUGUCUUUCCAUCUUCAAGGGAAGAAACAUGAUGGGUGCCGUCCCCAUGAUGGAAGCUCAACAUAAACCAUUAACGGGAGUUGGAGUCGAUAGCGCAUAUCUUGGUGGUGGAGGUGUGACAGGGUAUGACUCGAGUAUUGGACCUCAACCUAUGGGGUUUAAUCCCUCGGAGACACCGGCGCCGUAUGGUGGGCCUGCUGUUAGUCCUGCACCGUAUGGUGGACCUGCGGUUAGUCCUGCGCCGUAUGAUCCGCAUCUUCAACCGGCGCAUUUGCAACCGCAGAAUACGGGGGUUAGUACGGUUAGUGCGUUGAGUUCUGGACCUUAUGGAGCUUCGUAUCAAAACGCGCAGAUUACGGGGGAUAAUAGUCAGGCUGCUGGGCCUUAUGAUCCGCAUUAUUCGCAGCAUGGGGAUUAUAGUGGUGCGGCGGAGAUGCCGGGUGCUGGGGCGGGGUAUACUGGUCAAGCGAGGUUUUCGUAG